CCCACCCGCUGUCUCACCCCCGCGUCGUCCAUAGAGAGCGCGCGCGCGCCACGCGCGUCGCAUUCGUUUGUUCGCUCGCUCGCGAGUUCGCGCCAACUUCUCGCGAUUAACCCUUCUCGCAGUAGGCCGUCGUCGUCGCCGCCGCCGCCGUUGUCGUCGUCGUUGUCGUCGUCAUCGUCGUCAUUGUCGUCCUCGUCGCCGCAUCCGUCAUCGUCAGUGUGCCUCCUUCUUCCGCUUCCUCUUUCUCCUCCUUUCGGCGCAGAGAGAGAGCCUAUGUGCGGCGGUGUGCUAUCUCGCGCGUUUCCCGAUAUCGUUCGGCAACAGAUAAUAAACGAAGGUCGACGUUGAUCCACUGAGGGGCUUUCGCUUUCUGGUGUCGCAUCAUGUUUGCGAAAUCUAGAGGCAGUAGCACGGCACCGUGCGAUCUGCUCCCCGACCCGAUACGCAGCACAUAUGAGAUCGGCAAGCAAUCCGCCACAGCUGGACCGGAGAACGUCUGGCGCAUCUACGACGGCUAUCGGAAGAAGGACAGAAUGGAGGUCUCGAUCUUCCUGUUCGACAAACGUUCCGUGGAGAAGCUGCACAAGCCGAAACGCAGGGAAACGGUCACGGACAUUCUGCGCGCGGGUGCCACUCAGAUGGAACGAUAUUCGCAUCCAAAGCUCCUGCAGGCGUACAAAGUGGAGGAGUGCGCGGAUACAUUGGCCUUCGCAUCGGAGCCGGUCCUAGCCAGCCUGGCGAACGUCCUGGCGUACAAGGAGCAAUUGGCAAAUACGCUCGCGGCGCAGUCCUCGGGAUUGAUAGGAAAGCAGAAUCAUCCGCCGACCACGAGCCACCAUCGCUCGACCUUCGUCAAGGAAUAUGAGCUGCUCGAGCUGGAGAUCAAAUACGGACUUUUGCAGAUCACAGAGGCUCUCUUAUUUCUUCAUGGCAACUGUAAAUUUCUUCAUAGAAACGUUUGUCCGACGAGUAUCAUCAUCACGAAGAGAGGCACGUGGAAGUUGUCGGGAUUCGAAUUUCUUGUGAUAUCAAUGGAUAGCAUAAUGCAAUCUGUCACUUCAGAAUGCGUUUUGCUCUUGUUAGAGGCGGCCAAGGAGGUACCGAUGACCGUGCAAUCGUGGACGAAGCACAUGCCGAAAAUGACUCAGCCCAAUCUCGAUUACAUAGCACCGGAGGUGCAGCAGAAGAAGCUCGGCAGCUUUUCCAGCGACAUGUACAGCUUCGGCAUGACGAUAUGCGCGAUCUACAAUCAAGGCCGACCGCUGAUACAAGCGAAUCACAGCUGUUCGGAUUAUCUCAAGCAACUAGAGACCCUCGACGAUCAAGUCGCCGUUAUUUUGCCACUGGUACCGAUACCCCUGCGGGAAGCCGUGACGCGACUCUUGCACAAGGAUCCCGAGCAGAGGCCUACCGCGCAAAUAUUGACCAUGAUCAAGUUCUUCCGGGACCCGUUCGUGCACGCCCUGCAAUUUCUCGACGUCAGCAAGAUGAAGGACGUGUCGCAAAAGGAGCACUUUUACACGACGACUCUAAGGGAACUGUUGCCCUAUAUGCCAAAGAAACUCUGGUAUCAGCACAUCUGGACGUAUCUUCAUGCGGAGCUGCAGACGCAGGAAGUGCUGUCGGCCGUGCUGCAACCUAUGCUCUACAUCGUUCAGAACAGCACGAAAGAGGAGUACGACCAGAUCGUGUUUCCCACGCUCAAACCCCUCUUCACCAAUCGAAAGUCAAUUCAAGGAACCGUGACCUUAUUGGAGAAUCUGCACGUGAUCCUGGAGAAGACGCCUCAGGAAUACGAGCGCGAGGUCCUCUCGAUGCUAUACAAAUCCUUCGAGAAUUCCAACAUUCAAGUACGAAUGGCCGCUUUUGUGGCUGUGUCGCACGUGACGAAUUAUCUCGAGGAUGAUGCCAUACACAAGGUCGUGCUGCCAAAGCUACUGGACGCUUUCGAAAACAACUCGGCAGAUGCGCGCGUAUUGAUGGACGUGGUGCCGUGCAUUCUGUGCCGUCUCGAGAAGCAAAAGAUCAUUGACUGUAUCCUACCGCUGCUCUGUAAAGUGAAGCUGCAGGAGCCCGAGAUCGUCGUGCGGGUUGUAAAUAUUUACAGGCUGAUGCUCACCGAUAAAAAGUACGGAUUGUCCGUCAAUUGGAUGGCGGCGCACGCGAUGCCCUCGUUGCUACCGCAAACCGUGAAUCCGGCGCUGAAUCUCGAGCAAUUCAUUCUACUCCUCGAGGUGCUGCAGGAUAUGUUAAACAACAUUGAGAGGAAUCAGAGGAACAAAUUGACGCUCGACAAUCUAUCGCUACCGAGUCCCGACAAGUAUCGACCCCUGCGACAUCAGUAUAGUACCGAUAACGUGCACGUGCCGACAUUCAACAUUCCGAAUUUGCGCAUCGAGCAACGUAAGACCUCGUCGGCCGAGGAUAUGGCCAGAAAGAACAGCAUCGGUUCCAUAUCAACGGCGUCCGCGGAAAAUAUGGCGCGGAAAAGUUCGAUGGCUGCGAUGUUUGGCGGAUGGUUCACUUCAACACCUAACGACAACAAUUUCCUGCGAGUGGCCAAUACGUUCACGAGCAGACGCCUGUCGGACAACACCCUGAUGACACCGAAGAUACGGAUAGCGCCGUCCUGCGCGAGCUCACCGGGUGCGACGCCUGGCAGCGGCCUACCGAUCCGUCGACACUCUAGUACCGGUCCCCAGGAGCGACGUGGAUCUAACAUUAAUUUAUCCCCGCCUACGGGGGGUGGUAUGCCGAUCACGAGUAGCAGCGUGCCGUAUCUGCUCAGUACGAGCUUAAGCAGUAUUCGCGGCUCGAGACGGCCGUCCGUAUCCUCGACGUCAUCGCAGCAGGGGAUCGGGCUACUGCAGCAGGUUGGCUCCAGCAUGGUAAGACAACUACCCCCCAUCUGCCUGAACCUGAACGGACCACCACCACCACCAACACUCUCUCCAUCACUCCAGCUACCGGGACAGCAUUCCCACUGACCCUCCGUUACAGUUACCAAUUCUUCAAUAGACAGCCCGAAGCGUGAAGUGCUAACGAUCGUCGCUGAACAAAGAUCAGACAAGAUUACGAUUGUUGUGGAGUCUCUAACUAGCGCGCACCAAUCCACUUGCACGCUCGGUCAAUCGUAAGGAGCGGAGUAACAAGAAAUCGCGUCGGUGAUUCUCGCAAGGACAUCUUAACGAGCGAAACGACGCCGAUUCACUUCUAAUUAGCCUCGGGAUCCGGGCAAUAGGCGCGAGUAGCCCAGAUUGCGAGUUAGUGAAACCACAGAUGUAAAAAAGGAGAAAGGAUAUUGCAGGUACGUAAUAGGUGCAAGUUUAAUGAGAGACCGAAAGAGGGUCUCGCGCGCAUUCCAAUCGCGCUCGCGCGAGAUCUAAUAUACAUACGUAGGUAUAUUCUUCGGCGGCCAAGAUUGAUGACCGCAAAUUAAUCCGGAAAGAAAGAGGGAGAGAGAGAGAGAUCCCUCUCCUCUUCUUCGCCGGGUUAAUAUUCGCAUCCUUUGCCUUUGCCACCAACGUAAUGGUGACGGAGGAUUCAGGAAUAAAUAAAAUGCGGUUCUAGCGGGCACGCAUAACGAGCAAUGGAUAUACAGAGUGCAUCAGAAGUUGCCAACUCGGAAAAUUUGAGUCGGAUAUUAUAUUGCUAAUUAUCGAUGUUGAAUGUUCAGACAAUAUUAAUAUUUUAUCUGCGAAAUAUUCUGUGUUUUCACUUUUGCUCGUUUGUAUAUGCAUAUUGUAAGCACCUUUACAGCGUAUUAUCUUGAAUUUUUAAUUACAAUUAUAUAAAUGAUCAAAAGAAUAGUAAACGCUUAACGUAUAGCUUCUUAUAAUAAAAAAAAAAUUUAUCAAUCAAGAGAAGAUCUUUGUUUUAAACAUUUAAAAACAUAACUUUUUAAAGUGGCUCGCAAAUUAAUAACGUAUAUGCGAAAUGCUUGAUGAUAAAGUAUUAAUAUGUUUUUGAUUAUUUUAUUUUUAUUGUUAUAAUAAUUUUAAAUUCAUUAUUUUUAAAAUUACUUUCUUGUCGCGCAUUUAAAGCUCAAUACACCGUCCGAUUCUUGAACUUGUUUAUUUGAGUCAAACGUCAAUCGCUUCCAUAAAAUGAUGACAUAAGAUAAUUUGAAACGAAUGUGGACUGUGAGCUAAGAAUCACGAUUUCAUAUCCACAAGUAAAAAUCAGAAA